AAAAAAAAGCACACAACAACAACAAAUAUAAACCUUAACAAUGCACAACAACUCUAUUCACGAAUAUUUCCACGGUGUUCAAUUGGCCGAAUUGAUUCCUGCUGGUCAAAAGCUCGUCGUCUUGAAGGAAGAUGAAACCCUCCAAGAAGUUGUUAAUCAAUUGUCUACCCACCAUCUCUUGGCUGCUCCCGUUGUUGAUAAGCAAGGAAAGUUGGUCGGUAUGCUCUCAAUGCUCGACAUUGUUCAAUUCAUUGUUGCUUCCUCACCAGAAAAUGUUGAUUUCAAGAAUUGGCAAGAACUCGAAAUCUCAGGAAGAUGUAUUAACUUGCAAACUGUUAAGCACGUUAUGGGAUUCUCUGCUAGAGAUCAAUACAUGCCAUUGAAGAGCAAUCUCCCAGCCACUAUGGCUAUUGAAUUGUUCGCCAAGGGUGUCCACAGAGCUAUUGUAGAAGAAGACGUCACCACUGAUAAAUAUAUUGGUACUUUGUCUCAAACUGAUAUCCUCAAGAGAUUGGCUGAACACCUCCACAUGGGUAAGAUGAAGCAAUUGGGUGAACAAUUGGUUAAGGAUUUAGGUUUGGGUUUGGCUAAGCCAGUUACCAUUGACGGAAGUGAAAAUGUUUUGCACGCCAUGAAGGAAUUGGCUAAGGCUAAUGUUUCUGCUCUCCCAGUUGUUGAUCACCACGGUCACUUAGUUGGUAACUUCUCUGCUUCCGAUUUGAGAGGUUUCUACUUGGACAGAAUUCCACACUUUGAACUUACCACUCGUACCUUCUUGGAAAAGUACUCACCAAAGUCUUUGGUUCCAUUCUUUGUUGAAUUGGAUGGUUUGAAGUUUGUUGAUUUGGUCAAGAAGUUGACUCACCCAGAAAUUCAUGAUGUUAUCCACUCUCAAACUGUUAAGGUUGACCAUUCCAUGCACAGAGUUUGGGUUGUUUCUGAUGAAAGAAAGGUUGUUGGUGUUAUCACUCUCACUGAUAUCAUGAAGGUUAUUAUUGACCAUGUUGAAAUGGACUAAAUUAAUUAUUCUAACUUAUUGGUGGAAUUUAUUUUACUAAAUUAUCGAGAAAUUUUACCUUAAUAAAAAUAAAAAAAAUUCAU